AUGAACCGCCUACUCCGUCGCUCUCGCUCCGCCGACUUCGACUCGCCGGCGGCACCUACGCGACCCUUCGCCGCGGUUCCCCUGACCGCCGCGCCCCCCGCGGCCGUCCACGCUCCUGCCGCGGCCAUCCCCAACCCCGCCGCGGUCCCCGCGGCCCGUCCAACCCGGCUCGCGCCGGACGUCAUCCGUGGCAAGGAGCCCGUCCCCGAGGCCGCUCCCUCUUCCUCGACCACUACGGCUCACGGGCUCCACCUCGCCGUGGCCCCGGCGCCACCUCCUGUGGGCUCUCUUCGCACCGCGGGCAACGUCCCCGUCCCGCCCGUCUCCCACGGCGCCAUGAUCCCGCGCCUCUCCACGCCCGAUGCCGGCUCUUCCUUCGCUCCCGCCGGCCUGCCGUCUUCGAUCGCGCAUAUCACUUCCAGUCCAAACUGGACUUAG